ACACGCAGUGUAAAUGAAACAGAUGAUAGUUUCGAGCAAACUCAUCAUCAUAUUAUUUUCAAACAACCUAACCCCACCAAAGAGGAACUUCAACGGGGAAUACAAUUGGUGAAACCCCAGUACCCUUAUCAACAUGAUUCAAGAACUGGAAGAUCACAGCGUGACGUCUCCGGUGUCGCCUACCCAGAAAUUUUGGUCACUAUGGAUUACUCUCUAUACAUAACUCAGCCGGAUUUUAAAACAGCAGUGACAUAUCUGAUGGCAUUUUGGAAUGCCGUUGAUCUCCGCUUUAAAUUAUUGACCCAGCCAAGAAUUGAACUGAAUAUAGCGGCAUUCAUUAUUUCAAUACAAAACGGUGGAACUCCAUUCAUUAUGGGCACAGGAAAUGAAAGCAGGUUGGUCAAUACUUCCGAUGCUCUCGGUGCAAUGAGAAAAUUCUUCUAUCCUGACGGCAAAAUUCCUGUGAACUACGAUAUAGCAAUAGCAAUGACUCAACUGGACCUAUAUUUCGGGGCGUUCGUCCGCGUUAUAACCGGAAUGGCAUAUGUGGCAGCACCGUGUAACCUAAGUCCAAGUGAAAAUGAAAUAUUUUCACUUGCAAUUGUAGAGGACAAUGGGGCAUUUAGAAAUGUACUAAUGGCUGCUCACGAAUUAGGACAUUUAUUGGGUGCUGACCACGAUGGAGAGAAAGAAAAUAAGAAUUGCACCGGAAACCAAGGUUUACUGAUGAGUCCUGCGAUAGGUUUUCUAGAGGAAUAUUACUACUGGUCUGAUUGCAGUAUACAACAGAUUCGGAAAUUAAUGAACUCUAAGUUGGCUGCAUGUCUAUUCAACGUUCCUCAACCGGGGAGACCGCCGCAGGCACUAUUACCAGGGGAAGUAAAGUCGUUGGACGAACAAUGCCAAAUAGCAGUUGGCACGAAUGUUUGCCGGCACAAAAUGGAAAAUAUUUGUGAAACCCUAUGGUGUCUUGACCCGGAAAAGGAAGGUUCGUGCGUAAAUCCCAGCGCAGCUGCUGAGGGAUCAAUCUGUGGUGAUUAUAAGCACUGUAUGAGUGGCAUGUGUGUCGGUACAUUGGGCAUGUCAAUACUAGUGCACAAACAUAGCAGCCGAUAGUUCCGAGGCCAGGGCCGAAACCAUGGCUGGACUUCGGGGAGAAAAAUAUUUAAUAUA